AGAAGAAGAAGCGGAAGUAGCCGAAAUAGAAGAAAACAAUAAAAGUUGGUUGCUACCGUCGAGUUGUAGUUUUCCCACGCGAGGGCGGUAACGUUGUGUCCUUGCGGUUAGACAUAGUCACAGAGUUUAUCCGUGCUUUUUGCAGCUCAGGCUGAUUGUCAGGCUUACUUACUUACCAUUUAAAGCAGCGAUUUUGACCAAGCGUAGCGUCCUGCGUCAGAUCAGAUGAACUUUGACACACUGCCCAGCGCUGACUGCGUUUGCAUGUGAAGACGCCUUCUGGGUCAUUUGGUCUUUCUCACCAGUGAAAGUUAGGUUUCGUUUAAACUUGCUGUUAUCGCGAACUAAAAUAAGAACCACUGACAUCCAAAAUGACAUCCAAGAAAAUUAUCGAGUUGUUCUACGAUGUGGUUUCUCCGUACUCUUGGAUUGGCUUUGAGGUCAUGUGUCGGUACAGACAGGCGUGGAACAUAGAGCUCAAACUGCGCCCUGCAUUUCUGGGUGGCAUCAUGCAAGGAUCGGGCAACAAGCCUCCUGGUCUGGUUCCAAACAAAUUCAUGUACAUGACGAAGGACUUGACCCGCUUGGCGGGAUAUUUUGGAAUUCCCUUGCAGUCUCCCUCUGACCCCUUUGAGGUCAUGUUCAAUAAAGGCUCCUUGUCUGCAAUGCGAUUUGUGUCAGCAGUACAAGAGAGGGAGAAGAAUGGAGAUGAGAUGGUGGAGCUGGUGUCUCGGGAGCUGUGGAAAAGGAUCUGGAGUGAGGACAAAGAUAUCACUGAACCAGCAUCAUUGUCUGAGGCAGCAAAGAAAGCAGGAAUGUCUGACGUUGAGAUUAAAAAAGCAAUGGAGCUGGCAUCCUCAAAGGAGAUCAAAGACAAGCUUAAGAGCACAACACAGGAAGCACUAGAUCAUGGGGCAUUUGGCCUUCCCAUGAUGGUGUGCCAUAUAAAUGGAAAGCCUGAGAUGUUUUUUGGAUCUGACAGAUUUGAGCUCAUGGCCCAUUGCAUUGGAAAGCCAUGGCUGGGACCUCACCCUAACAAAUCAGCUGCCAAACUGUGACAGAAAAAGAUGCCUUCAGAUACCAUUGUUGGACUCAUGGAUUUUUGAAUUUUUGUGUCUCAUUUCAGUGAUCCCCCCCUCAUUCAGAAUUCACAUUUUCAUUGUUGUGCCUGUUGAAACCAAGCAGCACAUUGCAUAGAUUUCAAUAAAAAGUAGUACUGCAGGCAAUGUAACACAGAAUUGUACUGUUAAUUAUGUGCCUAUUAAAAGGAAGCCUGUUAUUUUUUCUGUUGAACUA